GAUAUAAGAUUUAAAACUCUGGCAUGUGAAAAAUAUAAACAUAACCUAUUUUUAAACUAAAGUAAUAGAAAUCUACAUCAUGUCCCGUUUGAUAGUGAAAAAUCUUCCCAAAAAUGCAACUGAACAAUCUGUAAAACAGUUAUUUAGUCAAAAGGGAACCAUCACUGAUAUUCAAUUAAAAUACACCUCGGAUGGUAAAUUUAGAAAGUUUGGUUUUGUGGGAUAUCAAAAAGAAUCCGAGGCCGAGGAAGCAAUAAAAUCUUUUCAUAACACUUAUAUCAACACAAGUAAAAUAACAGUGGAAACCUGUAGCACAUUAGGGGAUAAGAAUAAACCAAGAUCUUGGAGUAAAUAUGCGCCUGAUAGUAAAGAAUUCAAGAAAAAUAACAAAACUACUAUCAAAGAAGACAUUCCUGAACAGAAAAAAGUUAAACCAAAAAAGGAAAAGAAAGUCGACGCAACUGAACAGUUGUUGGAAAAGUAUAAAGACGAUCCAUUAUUUGAAGAGUAUUUACAAGUUAGUCAUCCAAAGGAAAUUGAGAAAUUUCAAAAAUUGAAACAAAUUCGUAAAGAUGAAUGUGAAAACGAAACUGAAAACAAUUUAAAUGAAGAGAAUGAAGUAUCCAACAGUGAAAACGAUUGUAGUGCAGAUAAAAUUGCAAAUAAGCAAAUAUCUGAUUUAGAAUAUAUGAAAAAACUUAUAGCAGGUGGUACCGAGAAAAAACCAAGAGAAAAAAUGAAGAAAAAGAUAAAGGAAAAAAUAAAAUUGUUCACUGUGAAGCUUCGUGAUUUACCUUACAAUAUAAAGAAGAGAGAUAUAAAACAAUUUUUCAAACCAGUUUCAUGUUAUAGCAUAAGGGUACCUAGGAAUAUACAUGGCAUAGCAUUUGUGGGGUUUAAAACUGAAAAAGAAUUGAAUAAAGCACUAGUCAAAAAUAGGAGUUUUAUAAGUGGAAAACAAGUAUCAGUGGCAAAAUAUACAACUAGCGAAGAAAAAUCUCAAAGUGAUAAUACACUUCGGAAUAUUUCUAAAAAUAAAUGGCAAACACAAGAGGAAGCUAUCAAAAAUGAGGAAAACAUUGGGGAAUCCGGAAGAAUUUUUAUUAGGAAUUUAGCAUAUACUACCACUGAGGAAGACAUAGAAAAACUGUUUUCAGAAUUUGGUCCAUUGACUGAAGUAAAUUUACCUGUAGAUGCCAGUACAAAACAAAUGAAAGGUUUUGGUACUGUAACAUAUUUACUGCCAGAACAUGCAGUUAAAGCCUAUUCACAAUUAGACGGUUACAUCUUACAUGGAAGAAUGCUUCAUCUUCUUCCUGGUAAAAAUAAAGACACGAAUGAUGAAGAUUUGGAAGAUACAAACAACUAUAAAAAGAAAAAAUCGGCAAAACUUAAAGCGCAAGCAGGUUCAUCUCACAAUUGGAACUCGUUAUUUUUGGGACACGAUGCAGUAGCCGAAGUAAUUGCAGAUAGUUUUGGUACUACUAAAGAAGACGUUAUUGGACCAGAUGGUAAAGGAAGUGCCGCCGUACGACUUGCCCUUGGGGAAACCCAAAUUGUUGCUCAAACUAGAAAGUAUUUGGAACAACAAGGGGUUAUCUUAGAUGCAUUUAAUAAUGCAGUAGUAAAAAGAUCAAAAACUCUGAUAUUAUUAAAGAAUUUACCAUCGAAGACCGAAGUUAAAGAAAUUCGUGAAAUUUUCGAAAAGCAUGGAGACGUAGGAAGGGUUAUUUUACCACCUAGUGGCAUUACAGCAAUUGUUGAAUUUUUGGAACCAUCUGAAGCCAAAAAAGCUUUUAGCAAAUUGGCUUACACGAAAUUUAAGAAUAUGCCUUUGUACCUUGAAUGGGCUCCUGAUAAUAGUUUGACAGACCCCAAAACUAAUCAAAAAGUGGAAUCAACAAAUGGAGCAGGCGUGCAAGAACUCACUAAGGAAAAAGAAAUUGAGGGAGACAUAAGAGAAGUGGAAGAAGAAGAAGAGGAACCUGAACCAGAUACGACGCUUUUUGUGAAAAAUUUGAAUUUUAAAACUACAGAUGAACAACUGAAACAACAUUUUGUGGCUUGUGGUAAAAUUCAUUAUGCUAAUGUUGCCUCAAAGAAGGAUCCCAAAGAUCCUAAUAAGACGUUAUCGAUGGGUUACGGUUUUAUUCGGUUUGUACAUAAGGCUAGUGCAGAUAAGGCUUUAAAAACCCUACAACAGAGCGUGUUGGACGGAAAAUCAUUGGAAUUGAAAAGAUCCGAGAGGACAUUUAAAAAUGAAGUACAAACAACAAGAAAAGUAAAUAAGGCGACAAAGCAGACGGGCUCAAAAAUAUUAGUCAGAAAUGUUCCUUUCCAAGCUAAAAAAAAGGAAAUAGAAGAAUUAUUCAGUACAUUUGGAGAAAUUCGUGCGUUAAGAUUACCUAAAAAAAUGGCUGCUGGAUCGGAUAGUCACAGAGGAUUUGCCUUCAUCGAUUACACAACAUCAUCAGAUGCAAAGGCUGCAUUUGAAGCUCUUUCCCAAAGUACUCAUUUGUAUGGAAGACGUUUGGUACUUGAAUGGGCUGCUACGGAAGAAGGAGUAGAUGAAAUUAGAAAAAGAACAGCUAGUCAUUUCAAUCCAGAAGUGGAGACUAAGAAAUCAAAGAAAAGUGUUUUCAACAUGGAAUAAUUUGUAAAUUAUACAAAUAUUUUACAAUAAUUUUUUUUUAUUCAUUCCUAUUAUAUAAAUUCCGAGUAAAUAAAAUAGGAAUUUGCAGAAAGAAAAAGUUUUCUUUUGAUAGAACUGACAACCCUCUAAGUAUGUUGAAAGGCGGUGCAUUUGUUCUAUAUAUAGAGAUAAAUAACACCACCAAAUUUUGAGUUUAUAUCUCACAUAUAUAUCUUUUGAGUUAUGGCAUUUUAAAGUUUUGUUGGAUCUCAAUUUCCAAGUCUUGGAUAGUGCCGAGUAAAACUUAGAAUGGAAAAAAUAUUUACUUAUUAGACACCCAAUCUUGGUAAAUUUUUUAAGGUAGGUAUUAGGAAUCGAAAAUAAAUAUAUAUAUCAGAACCCUAAGUUGAACAUAAAAUAUUAUAAAAAAAUCAUAUUUUGGACUUUUUUAAAUCUUAAAAACACAAUCAUGGCUCAACGUAAAGUUAAAUAUCACAAAAAGGGAAUAAGAGAAUCAAUACUUAAAUUAUCUGCAUGAAAUGAGCUUCAAUUUAAUAAAAUUUUAGUGUAUUUUAUUUCUUCUAAGUAUUAAGGCAAUUGCAAGUUUCGAUAAAUUAAUUACAAGCAAUGUGAAAGUUCAAUAUUUACUUUAAUUAAAGGCUUUGAAAGCUGAUGAUCCAUUUUCAAUUAAUUUUAUGCACUGAUUGAUAUGUUCUUCGUGUCGAGUUGUGAGGAGGCUCAACCACUGCAAGUAUGUGCGGAAUUUACACAUUACAUAUGUCAUCUUGUUUUGACCUGUAAAAUGAGGGGGAUGGUCCGGCAGGAUAAAGAAAUUUUACUGUUACGUCUCUAUAUUCUUCGGCAGCAUUUGUUAUUGUUCCAAAGAACUAGAGACUCUCAUAUUUACAAGCAAUAUAGUGAUAGGGGUACAAACUUUCUUUUACAUUUAAAGUCAAGUAUUGAUUCACUUUGCUUCUAAUGUCGCAGAAGAUUCCAAGGGUCUGAAGUUGUGAAAAUCUCUUGUACCUGGAAGAGUAUUCAGGUUUUCAAAACAUGUUUCAAGUUGUCCGCAACUGUUAUUGCUGAUUCUUUAGAAAUAGAGUGGAAAUUUAUUUUUGAAAUGUUUGAUUUACAAAAGUUUUUAAAGGGAGUUGUAGUCAGUAUUUGGUCUUGAAGAGGCGUUUGAAGACUUUCAAAUUUCUUUACACCUUUUAACAGUUCUUCCUAUACCAUCCCAUUCUGUUUUGCAGUAUAUAUCAAUUUUUCUUCAAUUCCUUAUGCUUAUUAGAACUAACCUUAAAAAUUUCACCAAGAUUGGGUGUCCAAUAAGUGAAUGAGAAUUUUUUAACAUUCUAAUAUAAGUUUUAGUCAGCACUAUCCAAGGCUUGGAAAUUGAGUAACAACAAAAUUUGGUGGUGUUAUACAUCUCUAAAUAUAACAAAUGUAUAAAGUUUCAUAAGAAUUCAAAGUGUAUCGUGAAAAAAUUAUUCUUUUUUGUUUAAAUUGAUGUGGAAUGACAUUUUAAUCAUUCAUAUAAAGCUUCAAAUGUUAUCAGAAAAGUCAGUUUUAAUACA